AUGUCGUGGCCACUACGGAGCGUAACAGCUCCUCCACGUCUCUCUUCCUCAGCACGCUCAGCCUGGCGACAUGUAUCGACAUCGCCAAGCUCAUCAGUAGCUUCAUCAUCGAAGCUGUCCCACGCGGACCCCUCCUCCUCAACUACCAGCUCCCGACCAAAGGUCAUCUUCUCCGGCAUCCAGCCCACCGGCAUCCCGCACCUCGGAAACUACCUUGGCGCACUCCGCAACUGGGUCGACCUCCAGAAUGCAUCCCUCAGCACCUCGGACGAGCUGUACUUCAGCAUCGUCGGCUACCACGCCAUCACCAUGCCUCAGCAACCCGCACGUCUCCGCACCGAACGAUCCGACAUGAUGGCCACCCUCCUCGCCAUCGGGCUCGAUCCACACCGCUGCACCAUCUUCCAUCAAGACCAAGUGCCGGAACACACCGAACUCGCCUGGAUCCUCAACUGCAUCACCUCGAUGGGGAAGCUCAACCGCAUGACCACGUGGAAAUCCAAACUCGCUACAGCUAAAAAUGUCUCCGAUACCACCGAUGUCGACGAUAAAGAUCUCAGUCUCGGCUUGUUCGCGUAUCCGGUACUUCAAGCGGCAGACAUCCUGCUGUACAGAGCGACGCACGUUCCCGUGGGGGAAGAUCAGAUCCAACAUCUAGAGUUGAGUAGAGACCUGGCAGAUGCAUACAACAGAAGGUUCGAGAAGAGAUUCUUCCCGUUGCCGAAGCAUAUCAUAACGCCGACAAAGAGGGUGCUGUCGUUGAGGGAUCCGAAGAGCAAGAUGUCGAAGAGCGCUCCGGAUGCGAACAGCAGGGUGUUGAUAACGGAUACGCCGAGGGAGGUGGAGAGGAAGGUGAAGAAAGCCGUGACGGAUGCGGAGAGGUCGUUGCGGUAUGAUCCGGUGGAGAGAGCGGGGGUGAGCAACCUGCUUUCGAUUUUAGCGGCUCUCAGGCCACCGACACAGGGGAACACGGGAGAGGGAGAGGGAGAAGGAGAAGCCAAGCAGGAUGCACAGCUCUGGGCGGAUCGACUGAAUGCGGAGAUCGAGGCUACGGGAGCAUCGUCUGGCCAGCUUCUGAAAGCUACAUUGACGGAAGCUGUGGUGGAGACAUUACGACCAAUCCAAGAGGAGCUGGAGAGGUUGCGAAAGGAUCCAGGCUACUUGCACCAGAUGGAACAACUCGGCAGAGACAAAGCACAGACAGUUGCCAGAAGAACAAUGUCCCAAGUCCGCAAGAGUGUCGGUCUUGCGUAG